UCCCUUCCACCCCAAUCUUCUCUGCCCCUCUCUGCACAAUAAACUCUGAGCUUAAGGAAAGGCAGAGAGUGAGAAAUGGAGAUGGCGAUUGGUUCACACUCUUUUAUCACUCCCGCUACUCUCCCUCUGAGAAACCCUAUUCUUGGCACCACAAAAAGCGCUUUCUUGAAAAAUCGUUUCUUUGGGAGCAAGUUGGCUUCUUGUUUGACAGCCAGAGCUCCUUUCCAGCUCUGCUCAGUAAACCCACUGCGGAGUUCUAUCAAAUGCUCUGCUUCUCAGGCCACUGAACUCUCAACUGAGAAGACGAACCAGUUAAUGAGGAGAAGUGACAUAAGGAAUAUAGCAAUUGUGGCUCACGUAGAUCAUGGGAAGACCACACUGGUGGAUGCGAUGUUGAGACAAGCAAAGGUGUUUCGAGACAAUCAGUUUGUACAGGAAAGGAUAAUGGAUUCAAAUGAUCUGGAGCGUGAAAGGGGAAUAACAAUACUUAGCAAAAACACCUCAAUUACUUACAACAAUACAAAAAUAAAUAUUAUCGAUACUCCUGGCCAUUCAGACUUUGGAGGUGAAGUGGAACGCAUCCUUAACAUGGUGGAAGGAGUUCUUUUAGUGGUAGAUUCUGUAGAGGGUCCAAUGCCUCAGACAAGAUUCGUUCUGAAGAAGGCCCUGGAAUUCGGCCAUGCCGUAGUUGUUGUAGUUAAUAAGAUUGACAGGCCUUCUGCUCGCCCAGAUUAUGUUGUCAAUUCCACUUUUGAGUUGUUCAUUGAACUCAAUGCAUCAGAUGAGCAGUGUGAUUUCCAGGUAAUAUAUGCCAGUGGCAUCAAGGGAAAAGCGGGGCUUGAACCUGAAAAUUUGGCAAAUGAUCUUGGGCCACUUUUUGAGUCCAUAAUUAGAUGCAUUCCUGGACCACGUAUUGAAAAAGACGGUGCACUUCAAAUGCUUGCUACAAAUAUUGAAUACGAUGAGCAUAAAGGACGAAUAGCUAUUGGGCGUGUACAUGCUGGAACAUUGAGAAGAGGAAUGGAUGUCCGGAUAUGCACAUCAGAUGAUGAAUGCAGAUUCGGAAGAGUUAGUGAACUUUUCGUGUACGAGAAAUUCAAUAGAGUUCCUGCAGAUAGUGUUGAAGCGGGUGAUAUCUGUGCUGUUUGUGGCAUUGACGAUAUUCAGAUUGGGGAGACUAUCGCAGACAAAAGUAACGGGAAGGCAUUGCCCACCAUAACAGUUGAAGAACCCACAGUGAAAAUGGCGUUUUCAGUCAACAUUUCACCUUUCGUUGGUCGUGAGGGCAAGUAUGUCACGAGUAGAAACUUGAGAGAUCGCUUGUACCGUGAGCUUGAGCGAAAUCUGGCAAUGAAAGUCGAAGAUGGUGAAACUGCGGACACGUUUAUUGUCAGUGGACGGGGAACUUUGCACAUCACCAUAUUGAUUGAGAACAUGCGAAGGGAAGGAUACGAGUUCAUGGUCGGACCUCCCAAAGUUAUCAAUAAAAAAGUGAAUGACAAGUUGCUGGAACCCUUUGAGAUUGCUAUUGUAGAGGUGCCCGAAGAGCACAUGGGGUCCGCGGUGGAACUUCUUGGUAAAAGGCGUGGGCAGAUGUUUGAUAUGCAGGGGGUUGGGUCGGAAGGAACGACUCUUCUCAAAUACAAAAUACCGACCCGUGGUCUUCUCGGACUGCGUAAUGCAAUCUUGACUGCCACUAGAGGAACAGCGAUUCUCAACACUAUUUUCGAUAGCUAUGGACCUUGGGCUGGCGAUAUUUCCACACGGGAUCAGGGUUCAUUGGUUGCGUUCGAGGAUGGAACAAGUACAUCCUAUGCUCUUUCGAGUUCACAAGAACGAGGGCAAAUGUUUAUCGCUCCUGGAGUUGACGUUUAUAAAGGUCAAAUAGUCGGCAUUCAUCAGCGCCCAGGCGACUUGUCUCUGAACGUCUGCAAGAAAAAAGCUGCAACAAACGUUCGUUCUAACAAAGAACAAACAGUGGUUCUCGAUACGCCACUGGAUUAUAGUCUGGAUGAUUGCAUAGAGUACAUACAAGAAGACGAGCUGGUUGAAGUUACUCCGCAGAGUAUCCGGAUGUGCAAGAACCCGAAGAUCACGAUCACGAAGAAGACAAAGUAAAGAUUCACGCAGCUCAAUAAACGAGGACUUCCCGGCUCGUCGUUCCUGCCAUAUAUGCCACUCAAAUGGCAGCAUAGCAGAUUGAUCACACAUGUUGCAUUCUUCACCAAUAUAGAAAUUAUGUGAAGAGGUAUGCAGCAUUGAAAUUCAUAGAUUUAUUACCAUACAAAGGUGUAGUGAAUUUUGGUCAGAUAUAUGAUUGAUGUAUAUAACUGUGACAAUAUGCUAUACUCACAGCUGACAGGAACAAUUGCAUCAAUUGUCAAUUAUAUUCUAUAAAGGAAAUACCAUGUUUAAGGCAUAACAUUCA